AUGAAAGCUUUAUUAUUAUUGUAUACUGUAAUUACAGUUGUUUUGGCAUUACCUUCUCAGACUCCCUUUUCUUUGUCUCCCUUGCAACAAUUAAAAGAUGAACUUGCUGGUAAACUAUCUCAGAAACAGAUUCUUGAUAUGGAGAAAAUAUGGGUCGACUAUGAACGACAAUACGGAUUCGAUACGUUGUUGAAGAAAUUUAACAAAUUUAAAUCACGAUUUCAGUAUGGGAUAACUUCGCAAGAUAAAUCUGAAUCAGUUUACAGUAUUAGUGUGUCCAAGUCAACCCCCAAAUUAUUAGGGUUUGACAUUGUUAAGCAAUAUACUGGUUAUUUCAAUGUCAAUGAUAAAGAUGAAAACUACUUUUUCUGGUUUUUUGAGAGUAGAAAUGAUCCUAAAAAUGAUCCUUUAAUAAUUUGGCUUAAUGGUGGUCCUGGAUGUUCUAGUUUAUGUGGAUUGGCAUUAGAGUUGGGUCCAUCUAUUAUAAAUGCUACUUUACAACCCGAAUACAAUCCCCAUGCUUGGAACUCAAAUGCUUCUGUUUUGUUUUUGGAUCAACCGGCAAAUGUUGGGUUUUCCUAUGGUGGUAAUAUCCCAAUCACAUCUGAUCAAGCAUCCAAAGACUUUGUUGAAUUUCUCAAAUUGUUUUAUGAAAGAUUUCCCGAGUAUGUAGCAUUGGACUUACACAUUUCUGGUGAGUCAUAUGCUGGCCAUUAUGUACCUAGUUUUGCUAAUGCUGUUCAUAAAGCUGGUAUUCCAUUAAACUCUAUAUUGAUUGGUAAUGGUGUGACAGAUCCAGUAGUACAAUUGGGUGAGGUGAGUAAUAUGGGAUGCGGCCAAGGCGGAAUUGGUAAAAUCUACACAGAUGAGGAAUGUACGGAAUACCCAGAGAAAUACGAGAAAUUUGUACCUUAUGGAGAAUUAUGCUACAGAAACCCUAAUGUUUUGACUUGUUUUAUUGCUGCAUUGGCGGCACCAAAAACUCCAGAUAUGGGCGAUUUGAAUCCGUAUGACUCACGUGUCAAAUGUGGCAACAACUCAUUGUGCUAUGAUCAAAUUGAUUAUCUCAAUGACUACUUUAACUUACAAUCUGUUCAGGAAGCUUUGGGUGUUGAAAAAAGUUACACAAUGUGUUCCUCUAAUGUUGGUUCUAGAUUUGUAUCGGACUUUAUGAGGCCAUAUCAUACCUAUGUGGCUGAUUUGCUAGAUGAUGGUAUUCCAGUUUUGAUAUAUGUUGGUGACAAAGAUUUGGUAUGUGAUUGGUUGGGAAACUUGGCUUGGGUCAAUAAGUUGAAUUAUACUGGUCAUGAUCAAUUUGAAAAAGCUGAGUUUAAACCAUGGUACACUGUAGAUGGUAAAUUGGCUGGUGAAGUGAAAAACCAUGACCACUUUACUUAUUUACGUAUUUAUGAAUCUGGUCAUAUGGUACCUAUGGAUCAGCCUGAAAAUUCUUUGGAUAUGGUGAAUAGAUGGGUUCGUGGUGAUUUUGGAUUAUAA